AUGAUGAUGAUGCUGCUGCUGCAGUUGACGAUUGAAAGACAAGAUGGUGUUCAAUUCAUUUAUCGAUCUUUCACCAUGGCUUCAGUCCGUUCGAUUAACUCAGCUAAGCCAACUGAACGUUUAUUAACUACGCGAACAUUAUCUUCUGUUGCACCUCUGUCCCCGAAAAAGCUAAGUCUAACGAAAACAACUCCUAUUGCUGUUGCAACAGUAAAACGAAGAAAAUCUUCUCGAAUGUCGACGAAAAAAAGUCUACACACAUCGAAAACAUCACCCGCCCGACUCGGCGUGUUAUUACAUCCCUCGACGAGUAUUCCUGAUUCAAACGAAUUAGUCGGUCAAAUGGCAUCAGCGACACUGAAUGAAAUUCCUAGUCCCACAUUCUCCGAAUUGUACAAUACGACUUCAACAGCAUCAAAUAUCUUCGAAUCAGAUACUUACCUAAAUGAAACUGUCACAUCAACAUCAUCUUCAAGAAAGUCUUCCACACAGGAUAUUCAAUUUGCAAUUGAUUCUUUCGAGACGAUUCGAACAGUUGGCACUGGAACAUUCGGUCGAGUGCAACUUGUUUGUCAUCGAGCCACACAUACAUUCUAUGCACUUAAAAUAAUGUGUAUCAAACAAGUUGUCGAAUCGAAACAAGUCGAACAUGUUCGUAAUGAGAAAAAAAUUCUCUCAAUGACUGAACAUCCGUUUCUUGUACGUUUACUAUGGACAACACACACAAAUAGUCUCCUUUACCUGCUGUUCGAAUAUUUACCAGGCGGUGAACUCUUUCAAAUGAUGAGAAAACGUGAAAAGUUCGAUCCACAAACAGCGAUUUUCUAUGCAAGUGAAGUUCUACUUGCACUUGAUUACCUACAUCAUUUAGAUAUACUCUAUCGUGACUUAAAACCAGAAAAUAUUCUACUGGAUAGUGAAGGUCAUAUUCGUCUAGUCGAUUUUGGCUUUGCCAAAGAAACCAAAGAACGAACAUUCACUCUAUGUGGCACAGUGGACUAUCUUGCUCCAGAAGUCAUUCAAAACCGUGGCCAUCAUAAAGCAUCCGAUUGGUGGGCAUUCGGUAUAUUAAUAUUUGAGAUGCUUGCUGGAUACCCACCCUUCUACGACAACGAUCAAUUUGUAACAUAUCAAAAGAUUCUUUCCGGAAAAAUAACAUUUCCGCGUCAUUUUGAUCACGCUGCUAAACAACUUCUUCGAUACCCACCCUUCUACGACAACGAUCAAUUUGUAACAUAUCAAAAGAUUCUUUCCGGAAAAAUAACAUUUCCGCGUCAUUUUGAUCACGCUGCUAAACAACUUCUUCGUAAAUUAUUAAAUAUAGAUCAAGCCCAACGAAUCGGUUCGGCGAAAAAUGGUGGUGAUGAAAUAAAACGCGAACAAUGGUUUGUUGUCAUCUCAUGGACCGAUGUAAUUCAACGAAAAGUGGAACCACCAAUCAAGCCCAUCAUUACAUCACCAGGUGAUGCAACAAACUUCGAUUCAUAUGAUGAAUGUGACAUGAAACAAAUGCCACAAGCAGCAAGAUAUGAAGUGCAACUAUUCAAAGAUUUUUGA